GUCGAGCAUGCAGGAGCCCCACCCAACGUCCUCCUCUCGCAUGCCGCCGCCCGCGGCCGUGGACGAAAAGUUAUAUAUCAUUCAUACCCCAGAAGAGAUCAACAGGCAGAUGUACCUACUGACCAGCGACCGCUUGAGGAUCUCCCCAAGCAUGUCCACGCGGUCCGAUCUCUCGUCGUCGUCCUAUGGAUACGAGGAACGCUACACAACGCCACAGAUCAAGGCCAAGAGCACGACGCAUGCCAUGCGAAGUGUCGAAGACGGAACACAGAGUAUGUAUGAACGAAGUGUGCUGCGGACAUCGUUCUCCGCGGCAAUACCGAUGCUGGAAGAGCCCACGCGACCGACGCAGUCGUACGACAUGAAUCGAUCGCAGAACGGGGUGGUCACCACGGGGGUGCUGUAUCGCCGCCGGCGCGGCAACCUGGGAUGGCUGGAGCGAUGGACGUUGAGUCAUUUUGUCUUGUGCACCCGAUAUCUCAAGUACUACAACCACACCGGUGAGAAGCUGCUGGGGGUGCUAAACCUCGCCGGAUGCAGCGAAACAAGUGUCGAAAUCAUGCCAAAAGACUCGGUACCGAAUGGAAAGCAAGCCACGAUAUGGCGUUUUGCGCUGCGCACGCCCCAGCGUCGCAUUAUCCUGUCGGCGGCCACGGAGUACGAAAUGAACUGCUGGCUGCGGCACCUUGGAGCAGCCAUCACCGGCAAAGCCGUCACAUCAGGCGGCCGCGCCGAUAGCGUGGUACAGAUGUGCGACUUUAUCUAUGACGACCACAUUGUGGACCCCGCGGAACUGGUCCGACCAAACGGUUUGAGUCUGCAUCACUUCAGUCUCCAUGCGUCCCGAGCUUGUUAGCCACCGUUAAUGUAAUAUUUUUUAACUGUACAAGUGCC